GUAAAAAAAUUGCAUAACCGACAAGGUACAUAACUGGUGUAAUUCGAUCAAGAGGUGACAAACGAAUUUACAUCUUAUUAUAGUGUGUCUAGUGCGCGUGACUCGUGCAAAGAACAGAUAUCAAUCAAAGUGCAUGCAAGGGACGCUUUUAUCAAAUCAUUUACGUCCAAGUUCAAAGCGGGCAUAGUUUUGAGUCGUGAUGUCCAUGUAUCCUUAUCCCGCCAACUCGCCUGCCGCAAACAACAACAUGAUCGCUCCUAUGUACGGAAAUCAAGGCUACGAAUUUUAUCGACCCGGCGCGUCUCCUUACUCUUCAGUUCAUUUUCCCGUUUAUCCCGCACACGGACAGUAUCAAGCGAGGCAAGAUCGUCUUUAUCCUCCUAUUCCACGCACUCAACAUGUGCCGCAUCAGAGACACGAGAUGGUCAAGCCGCCGUAUUCCUACAUCGCGCUGAUUGCUAUGGCUAUCCAAAGCGCGCCAGAGAAGAAAAUAACACUUAGCGGAAUAUAUCAAUUUAUCAUGGACAGAUUUCCGUAUUAUAGGGAGAAUAAACAAGGCUGGCAGAACUCUAUUCGACAUAAUCUCUCCCUCAACGAGUGCUUCGUAAAAGUGCCGAGAGAUGAUAAGAAGCCUGGCAAGGGAAGCUUCUGGAGUCUGGAUCCCGAAAGUUUGAACAUGUUCGAGAAUGGAAGCUACCUGCGAAGACGAAAGCGCUUUAGGAAGAAGGACAAGGCAACAUCAGAAAGCAGCAACAGCGCCGAGAAUCAAGACAAAAAGGAGCAUAGCACUUCCGCCGACACAAAGACAACAAGCUCUGAAAACUCAACAACAACUUCCGCUCCACAAGAAAAGACUAAGGAGCGUGAAACGCUGUCAGCUAGCACGCAGACCGCUCGGGCAGAAUCACUCGAGUCAGCUUCAAAAUCAGAGGGUAAAGUGACGCCUGCCGCCUCAAAGGCCAGCCCACCGUCCUGCAAACGAGAGUGCAUGGUAAGCUCUGAGGAGGGUGAGCUUGCAUCAAGUAGUUCUUCUAAUGAUAUCAGCGGUGAACAUCCUCACGCUCCGACGCCGCCGUCUUUCCCCACAGUUCCACCGUGCACAAUUUACGAGAACGCAUACGGGUUGAACUACCCCUCCUAUCCACAAAACGGGCAACAAGGCAGUGGCAGCUACUCCAGCACACCGUACGCAGUGUGUCACUCUCCUUCCUACGCCAGCUCAAACACGCCCAAUGGCAGGGCUUACGUUCACCGCUAUGAGCCUCCGAUGAGUCCCGAGCACCCUCCUGUUGUCCAUGGCCGAUACUCACCUCAUUUGAGCCACUACAAUCAGCAAGCUACACAGAGCCAGCACGUAGAAGAGGUGCAAGUACACCGCCAGCAAUACGCAGCGGACUACGAACCAGCGGCUAGAGCGGGACAGUGGUACUCUUCUUCGAGCUACCCGGGCAGCGAGCCGCCGGUUUCCAGCGCCCACAACUGCUUCCCAAAUGUACGCGAGAUGUUUGAAUCGCAGCGACUGAUCGCUCCAGCUGGUGGACAAGCUGUACCGGCGGCCAUGCAAGCCACUCAAGGUCAGUUUGGAAGUACUAGUACUGCUUAUCACUCGGCAAACGCUGCGUCAGUGCCUCAGUACUCUCUUUGAUCUUUGAUUGUGCACUGAACUAAGAGUAUUUUAAGACAAGACACUGUGGAUAGGCGUAGCACCUUUCGGGGCGAAUAUAUUUGUAGCCACUUAGUGUUUUGUACGAUUUGCUGAGUAGGAACUGAAUACUUAAGACAGAUGUAAAAAAAAGAGGAAGACUAUUUGUGACCAUUCUUGUAGGCGAGGUGUUAUUUAGAACCGUGACGACAAGAAUAUACUAUAAAAUUUUGCGCGAUCUAAAGUUUGCACCAAGCGUUGGCUUUUUUUUCCUCAUUGAUUUUCGAGUUUCGUUCUUAGCGCCAAGUGUUUGACAGUUGAUUUGUGUACCGGUGAAGUUUGUUUUUAGUCAGGCUUAAGGGCAACAAGCGAUGUUUUCUUUCUACUCGCCCUUCACAAGUGUUCCACUGUGUCGCCCACAGCGCUCACAGUAUGAGAGAGUAAUCAAUCGAGUCCAGCUAAAUACUUCGUCAUCAAACCCGCUUUUCCAAACCGCAAGCUGCCAGUCGUGAAGACCAGCACGCAAGUAAUUACGGAUGUUUUAUGCGUGUUUAAAAAUUUUGAGCCAAAAAGUGUUGCAAACCGAUGGAGAGGUAUUCAGUGCGAGGGUGUGUUUAAAGAACUGCGUGCAAAGGGAAGCUUUGUUUUGUAAUCAAACUUAUACCAGCAAUUAUGUCAGUGAUUAUAGUGAUAGCUAGCCUAGAGCAGCCUUGUAAAUUAACGCGUAGAACUAAAUGUACAUAGCCCUCAGAGAUUUUGUUAUAUUUAAUGAUGUAGAGCUAUUUUUUCCAAUCUGAUUUAUUCUUGAUAUAAAAUCCCAAGAAAAAAGCAAAAGCGAUUAGUUUUUCUAAGACAAAAUAGACUUUGUGUACAUGAUUGUACUCAUACUUUUGUUCGCACUUUUUUCACACCACUUAGUAGUCAAGCUGUACAGACAUGAUUUGCAUGCAAUUUUACAAAAUAAAAUUGAGGAGAUUUGACAACUCUUGCACACAUUCUUGCGUUCUUCGUGUGGAGUUUGUUAGGUUUUGUCCCCAAGUGCAUGAUUUCGUUGGAUUAGCUAAUCAAUCACGCACUUUUUUCGGUCACAUUUACCUGUGCGCCCUGAUCACAACAGGUUAGUUCAACCUUUAACGCUGAAAGCGAUGAAACCUACUGUGAACCCGUUCAAAAACCAAAACCAACGCAAAGAAUUUCAUGCGAAGAACGAAGCAGGGUCUCGAGAUAAAACGUGAGAAAUUCCACAAGUCUCCAACAACGGUAUUAAAAGCUUAAAGCCAGCUAGAUCUCUUUAUUGGUUUCACCCCUUCUGUAAUCCUAUGACUCAUUUGCCUCCAUCGCAACUAAGCUAGCAACAGGAAAGGGCACAUUUUUAAUUUUUCGACUCCAUAACAUUCACGCAAGACGGAAGGCAUGGGAGAAAUUGUCUGUAGCUUUAAUUGCCGUUCGCUCGGUGUGGUCGUGAUAUCUUUACGCGUGCCGCAAACCACUUGCUGAAACCUUGAUAAGGCGACCAAACUUUUCAUCAACACUGAAUUCUUGCGGCAAACCAACUCUUUUUAUUAUCAAACAAUGGUAGAUCAUCAAACGCGACUGUUCGUUGUUGCGUUUUCUGCUCUCUCUCCCCACAUUGAUAGUUUGUCCACAGCAGGGUGGGCAUGAUCGGAAGAUAGAUAACUUACGCUAACUUAAUUUAACUUGAAUGAUAUUAUCUUUCGUAGUCCAGGCGCAAAAUAACUAGGGGUAACUUCUUUUAACUUCUCCCUACUACUACAUUUACGGUACAUUGUUCGGUACAAUGUUUUACAAUUUCCUCAGCUGCGCGUACUAUUUAUAAACGUUAUAAUCGAUAAGUUUAAAUCGUGCAUGGAUUUGUUGUGUCAUGAUAGAGUGUUCCGGCCUCUGACUUGACUGAAGUGAUCCAUCAGUCCUCCACCCCUCUUCUCAAUUCAGUCAACCCUCCAUGUAAGGAGGAUCUUAUGCACAGUGCAAAGGGAAUUCCAUGUUUUUGUUUUUAGACCGAAUGUAAAGAAAAUCUUGUAAGGGAAGGAAGUGUACUGGGGAUGUGGUCCUAGAAAAUUUCUUGGAUCAGAAGACUGAUGUUCUCAUUCUUCUGAUUAUUCCCCUUUUCCCUCUGGAACAAACUGUACGCGUUUAUGUUUCCUAAAAAUGCUAAAUCUGUAGCAGCUAUUUGUAGUUGUGGUUCUAAGCGCCGGAAAAUUUGAUAAAGCUACUACUAAAAUUCCACAGAAGAAUAAAAAAAGAUUACUGAGAGGGUGUCAAAUGCUCGAAGAUGGAAUGGGUACACUUAGCACCGUUAGAAGUACAGGAGUUGAACCUACUCACUGUACCAAGCAACCAAAAAUUAAAAUCCCUUGAAGAAACCGCGUAAUAAAAUUUUACGUGAUGAUUCAAUGAUGGCGCUCGUGAUAUUUUGGGUGAUUGAUCUCUCUCGUUCAUGCCACUCCCUUGCUCCACAUUCAAAUCAAUCUUGGUCGUCUGUUGGUUGUUGUAAUCCUUCGUCGCGACCAGCUGAAAUCCUUCUUAACGGUUUUGCCUCAUCUUAAUUUGUUUGAAACUGGACCCGAUACUUCCAGAAAUGCAGACUAUGACGCACAUUUUCACAACAGAGCCAGCAUAAAUGAUGAAUUGAACCAUUUCCUCCAUGCAUAUAGGUUUAUUUACACACAGAGACCACACACUUCAUUAUCCUGUGGUCUGGUUGUUGAAAUUAAGGUUCAUUUGAAUGCGUACCCCGCUCAAUGUUCAAUUUAUAUUGUAAUAUCCUAAGCUAUCCAAAGGAGCUCAAACAGGCCUAACCGUUCGUUUUCUUUGGGCUCUCAAAUGGAAACCAUAUUGGAUUUCGAGUUUAUUUAUCGAUUUAAUCGUUGCAUGAAGAAACAACAAUUCUUACACUGCUUUAUCUAUAAAAAUAGCUGUUUUUCAAUUUUUCAACCGAGACAUAACAUUAAAUAAGUUCGGUAAAUAUUUCUGAUUACAAAAUCAGUUGUUAAUAAACUUCUAGGAAGGCGAACUCUCUUUGAAGUUGAUCACGGUAAAUGUGUAGUUCUGAGAUAGUUUAGGACAGGCGUCGUCAGUAAAGUCCUGACUUGGUUACAACCCUCGUAUACAAGUACAAAUACGUUAACAUCACCGAUACAAUUAUGAUAAUCAGAGUCGAGCAAAAGCCAUUUUAUUUAUGUGCAGUUAUUUUAUCGACCUGUUUCGAGGCACAAUUAGAGAAAAAGAAUAGACCUAGUCGUUGCAUUGAUUUAGAGCCGGUUCCACAACGGAGGGUUCGUUGCUGCUUAUGUGACGCAUCGCCGAGUCUCUUCGUUAACAUCCUUUCUCCUCCGAAGAGACCCAACCUAAAAGUUAAAAGACAAAACCGUUUUGCGCCGUUCGGAAGCACCACUAAGUUCUGCUCAAUAGCUUACAAUUGAAUGGUUACUGGGUUUUAUCCGAGGUCUAAAAAAAGUUAAAGCAAUAUUGACCCUUGGAGUGAAAGAUUUUUUAACACUUCAGACCUUUAUUUCUAUAACUCAACUAAACUGACGAACAGUUGUCUUCCAGAGACUGAGGUGUUAUAGAACCAAGAGACAAGAUAAUUGUUAAAGAUUCUUUAUUUGAAAGCUCACAAGACUGAAAAUUGCCGUCAUGGCCAGAAAUGGAAAUCAAUCGUAUACUAAAUCAAUCUUGAAUGUUUGUUUGUAACGUUUACCUGAUUCCAUCGUCAAUUUAGUCCACAUAAAGGACUUUGUUUUGAUGCUGUAGCUCAGUGACGAUAACAUUACUUUUUUCCAAAACCUAGCGUUUUACUUUCCUAAUCAGUAGGACUGUGUUCCAUGCACGUAUAUAGUAAAUUGUGUUUCUCGCUAGUAUCAAGAGAGGAUUGCUUAGUAUUUAUUAAUUAAUUAGCAUGCCAUUUAUUUGUUACACAGUUUAAUUCAGGAGCUGUAGAAAUGUUCUUCAUCAGUAUUAAACCGUUGUGAACCUCACUUUCCCAUGACAGAAACCAGAAAAUCCGGCUUCUCCAGCUAUGCCUUUUCGGCUCUUGAUUUUGGUAUUUACAUCACUUCUACCCGUUUCAGUUUUGCCACAGAAAUUCCACAUAUCCCAGAAUGAAACCUAAGUGCAGCAACGUUUUUAGCGACAGAAUUUAUUUUAUGUGGAAUUUUGUCAAGGUAACGUAUCCGUGCGCAUAUUUUUAUCUAUAAGAAGUUAAUGGCUUGAAAUAAUCUGAAGUCAUCCCCUCUAGGAAUUUUAAGGAUUUAAAUUAUUCUGAGGCAUAAUUUAGAUCAUUUUAAAUAACUGACCACACAACGCAUUUGCUUGCAUAUUUUUGGCACAAAUGUAAAAUCCUUCAAAGUAGCAAAAACUGAGUUAUCUCGCCUUCUAUUUUGAAGAGAAAACGUGAUGUAAAAGCAAGUUAUGGCACUGAAUCGACUUUAUAAGAUCAUGUACCCACAUCAGGUAGCCACGUACGUCUUGGCCGCAUACACGAACCUCGUUCAAAGAUACUUUACAGAACAAUCAAAAUCAUUGAAAUGAGUUUCGCUGACUAGCUUACCUCGCGAAAUUUGUUUCUAAACCUCGUGGUUUUUGUUAGUCUUGCAAAGAGUCUGCGUUUUGUUAGCCAGAGUUAAUGCUGGGCUGUCGUUCGGGUGCUGUAAAGCGGUAGAUUAGAUGCACAUUUUGAGAUAACGUCCUGCAGUGCGCUCAUAACAGGUCGGUCGGUCUCUGUUAGUAAUUAUUCGGUAGACUGUCGCUAUUAGCUGCUGGUUAAUUUUAGCUUUCUACCUGUUUUCCGCGUGAUAAAAAUCACCAAUUUCGUUUCCACAGCCCUGCAUUGUCCGCGCGAAAAACCUCUCUGUGGGUUUGUAUACCCGAUCGAACUACAUGUCGAUUGAGAGAAUCCACCGGGCAGGAUUUGUGCCAAGUUUAUUUGUUGAGCAAACAUGGCCCAAAGUGCUACAAAAACAGUGUAACUAACUUAGCGGUUCGCUAUCUAUUUAGACUGUUGGAUGUUGUUAAAUAAGAUCAGUAAAGAAUGUCUCAAGAAGGACGUUUUGCUCUCGAGACGUUUGUGAAGCCUUCUUGAACGUCGUGUUUUCUGUAGUUAAGUAAGAUGUCGCUAAUUGAUCUAAAUUACUUCGAUGGCGAGGAAGUUUUUUAUGAGGAGGAUUUGGGCAGUCGAAGAUAAACAGCGCUCGUGUCUUAGUUAAGCGAGGAAAAUGUACAGAUUCAUCCACGGCAAUGUUCUGUUAAUUCUCAGCUGUGGGUGCACGGAAAGGAAAAUGGAAGACCGAAAAUUUCCUCAAUUUUAUGUUCCAUGACCUUUUACUGUUUUCUGAUUCGGUUACUAGGACAUCGUUUUGUAUUAAGGAAACACUUCAUUAGGGAUUUACACAAUUUGUUGUCAAUUGUGUGUUACAAAAUAUUUGUAGCUGUGAACUUUUGCGCGAUUCCAGUUAAGCCUAUAAACACCUUUUACAAGGCCUCCCACUGUAUCUCUAUCAAUCUGUUGUUGCAAGCUUUCAGUUUUUAGUUGUGUAUGAAAACACUUAUAAGCACAUUUUGAAUCAAUUCACGAUGCAUAGCGGAUGAACGCGCUCGUUCUGUCCUUGUUGCCGUAAUUGAAGUUAUACGAUUACGCGCAGUCAAAUGACAGAUGGUAAUGACGAGUUCAGAGAACCGCCAGCAAUUAAUCUGGCAGAUGAAAGAUGCAGAAGUUAUUUCUGGCUUGAGAGACCCUGUUCUUGUAUCAACGUGUUCUAGGGCUUCCGAGAUAAAAUCGCUACUGAAAAUAACAAUCUCCAUCGACUUAUAGCAAAUCUGCUCUGUGGCAUCGACACGUCGAAGCAUGCGUGUCUUUUUUAAAAAUCCAUUACAGUAUCCAUUUUUUUUUCGGCUGGCAGAAGUUUUACUCGUGUAAGAAGAGAAACCGGCGGAUGUCCAAGCAAUUACUUUACGACAGAACUGUUAUCUUACUUUGGUGGGUGGCAUUCUCAUUAGAGAAGAAGUAAAUGGCUCGGUUUGCGCCAAAAAAUCCGUCUUCGAUAACACUGGUAUGGCGUUAGCUUCCCUACUUUCUUAGAUUGCAAUGAUUUCGUUUUAGGUUCUAGCCUGUCGUGAUCUUUCUAUUUUAUGCUAACUUGUACCGCGUUGUUUCUCAUUUUGGGAAAUGAAGGAUAUGGAAAGGUUAAUGGCAAAACGAGCUGUCUUAGGCGUUAAGUAUCGCACUCCGCUGUAAUUGGCUAUUAGUCAUCAAAACACAACAGUGGGCCAAAGGUUGCGGCUAACGCAUCAAUUAGUGUUUAAAUCCUUUGACAAAUUAGCCUUUCAUGAACGUAACUCUAGAAGCAGAUAUGGUUUCUUUGCAAAAGAAAAUAAGCAAAAUGCUUCGCUUAACGUUUUGGAGAAUAUCAAGUGACACUCGACUCCAUUGUGAUAUAGCGCGUUAUCACAACGGCUGCCCUUCAAAUCGUUGUGGUUCCUGAUUCUUUGAACACGUGUUGCAUUAAAAUCAAAAUGCGCAGACUGCUUUCAGUGUGUACGCCAUUAUGCCGGCGAGAAGACAUGUGCUGGCGGCUUCCAGUGGCCGGCCAUAUUUGAAGUUCAGAGUAUAAUAUAAAAGGUACACGUGCUGGAAGCGAUCGAAGACAAAACGCUCCAUCAUGUGGUACAUUAACACAUCUGCUCAUUUCAACGUCUUAAAAGGCCGCUUUUCAAAAACUGAAAGAUUACACGCUCGUUAUUGGUAUGUCUUGUAUCGCAUCCGUGAUCUUUUGAUGCCUUAUCGGUACUGCUCAGUUCACGUCAAAUGGUCACGAUGGAUUCACGUCAAAACCUGACUGGUUUUGCACCAGUGUACAUGUAGCGAAAUUGUUUCAUGAACGUUUUUAGCAGACUCUAGAACUGGGUGAGAGGUUUCAAAUGAGAUGCACUGAGCAGAAAAAUUGGGCGUUGCUUUCGGUCAGGCGGAAUUUUUUUCCAUUGCUGGAUAUCUUUAUCUCUUUAUCACCAGUUAGCGGCUUUCAUUUUUAAAAGCUUCACAAAUUGAUUGCUAGCCUUCAAGAGACAGAAAACACAUCUGCUUCGCUGUGCGUUCUCAGAGUACCUAAAUGACAACUAGAAAAAAUAAUUUACCAAUCUAUUUUGGGAAAGUUCCUUUUUAUUUUCUCUCAUUUCUUGAAGGACUUGGUGAAAAUCGUGCCUGUAUUUAGUUAUAGCUUGUUUGCUUUGAUAAAGAAAUCUCAUCCCUGUGACUUUAUUUUUAGUUGGCUGACAAAAUUAUUUUCUCUCUCCUUCAAACCGACCUAAAUAGGAAGUUUAAACAUCGUUUAUUUUACCUCGACGAAAACUCGUGAUUAACUCGUGAGAAGUUAUUUCCGGAUUCUUGCCAAAUGCGUCAGGUUAUGAGAAGGCAUGGCCACUGACGUGGGUCCAACAUAGGUGUGUCUUGCCCCAUGCCCAUUGAUGAAAAAUGUUGACAUAUUUACAGAAGGGUUGUGGGCGGGUUGAGAGUGACUGUUUGGCUAGAGUGUCAAACGAUUGCAAAACUGGACCUACUAAAUUCCAUUCUAAGAAAUAUACCAAGUUGAAUAACCUAAUACAGGGCAUGUUUCUACAGGUUCAAUCGAUGAAGAGUUUGCUAUUCAGUAAUUAGAUAGAUGUGGAGCAACAUUCACUAUAUCAACCAGUCCUUAUCCCGCUCUUUUUAGCCCCUUCUGGUCAGAGUGCGUGACUCUACAGGUUCGAUCGUUUCAGAGCGUGCUAUUCAGUAAAUAGAUUGUGGAACAACAUCGUUGUAACUCUACAAACUAUGCCUUCCCCCUCUUUUUAAACUUUUUCUGACCUCUGCUAUAAAUGGUUACAGACUCACACGCUGUAUGAGUAGUUUCAAAAGCUUUUUACUAUUUUACUCUACAGAAAAUUAUUUAUGUCUUGAUGAUUUUGAUACUUUUGUUGUAGUGUUUUUUCUGAGAAUUUCGUGGCACAUCGAAGAACUUGUCCCUUAUUAGUUGACGAUGUUCUCUAUUCUCGUUGUCUGUCUUCUUAUUGUCUCGAUAUUACCGAAAUCAGUAGAGAAGUAGUUGUUUAAUAUAACGUUUGGUAAUAGUGGUCAAUGUAUGUAAGGAAUGCACUUCAUGGCUUAGACAACUUGUUUGUCACUGAAUAUUCCGCGCUGGAAUAACGUUGAAAGAAGAGGUUCAGUCAGUGGGGGACUUCUGAUCGGAUCGGAUCAAAUGGGCUCUAUAAAGUCUACGAGUUAAGUUGUGGUCUAAAAGAAGCUUUGAUCACAGAUUGCUUUGGUAUUCCUGUCUGAUUUUUGUUGAUUUUAAUCUUUGUUUUUCCUUCUGUCGUGAACGUGAGGCCGCAGCUAUUUUUUUUUUGUCCUUAGGAAUCAAUACAAAUCCGCUCUGCGACGACAGUGGUGUUUGCUAACGGCGAAAUCCGUCUCGUCGAUGAAACUUAUGCCCAGAAAAAAAAGACGUUUAAAUUGCACGAACUGGUUGACAGUGAAAAAUGUUCUGACGCACUGCCUUCUGACAGACGAGAUGGGGGGUGGGUAAGAGGGUCAAAGCAGAGUGCUGAAAUAUAGGUCUACUGCAUUCCUUCCCGUUAAAAGGCAAGCGCCUUUUCUGUGUAAGAAAAAGUUACUGGUUUGAAAAGAUUUUUCGAUUUUGAACGCAGAUUUGGACUCGCGUCUCCCCUCCGCCUGACAACUUCGAGAUAGAGCGAUCAGUGUAUAACAGUUCAUAUAUUAAGAGAGUUCCUUUGAAAAAGCAAAUCAUGAUAACGACUCUUUUCCAGUCUCGUUUCGUUGGCAGUUUGAAAACGUACCCAAGUCUGUCCAACCACUCAAUAAAAUAAACGUUCCCUUUGUUUGUAGGUCACCGUCAUGUAUGUUUUUUGAGCGGUUUUAGACUAACCGUUGGCGUUGAACACUGUAGACAGAUCUGUGCAGAAACGUGGAAAACCAACUAAGCUCAACUUCUAUGGGCGGUCUGAUUUUGUAGAACAGUGCGACCGGCACGAGAUAAAUGACAGGAAUCCAUUAGAACGAGAGGAUAAUUUAUAUUAGGAAGGCUAGAAAUCAGGACUACAGUAUAAACAUUCCACAAACUUUCUGACUCUCUUCACGAGAUUAGAUUUGGUUGAGUUGCAAACAAACUUAAACAUGGCCGUCAAAAAACUGUGUCCUAUCAUUUAGUUAUACAGAGAGAUUUGAUGCAUAAAGUUCAGUUUUCCAUAAUUACGUGAACAUUUCCUCUAUUCAUUACAGUUUCAAGGCAAUGCCCGAUGGCGUUUUUUCUCUCUUUAAAAGAGAAAUGUUGUGACACUUUGAUUCAUCUUUGCUGAGCACAAAAUUACUUUCGAAAAAAAUAAAAGGAGCAUUCAAAAUUAUACUGAAUUUGCCACAGUAAAAAAAAAGUGAGCUCGAACAAGGAUGGUCAAGAUUGGGUGGGACAGAUUGAUAUUGACUACAGCUAAGAACUUGAUGAAAUUUUCAAGAUGGUCCAAAACGACCACCGACCUCACUUCUUGAAAUAUUUAGCCUAAAUGUUUCAAGUUUCGUUUGCAAUCCGUGUUCAUCUUCUCCAUCCUUAACCAUCCUUGUACCUUAAUGGUUUAUUACUAUCUCCUUGCUGUUUUUCUCUCGUAGUAACCUACUAUUUUUAGGUGUCCUUCAUUUUUAAGGUAAUUUUGUACGUGGCCAAAAUGUCAUAAUUGACCUCACUUAACGAGCGCCGCAACUUUGAAAGAGCUACGUCACGGACCGCACAUCUUGAAAACAGUUGGCCAAGUUUUUCUUCAAAUUUGGUGUUUGUAAUCAGUCUAGAUCGUUUUCAGUUGUGGCCAUCCUUGUUUAUUUUCGGUUUUUUUGUGACAGUUUUGGUGUUAUUCUACCUUAGGAAAUAAUUAUUUUGAGAUUUUCUUCAAUUUAAAAGUACUCAGAAACUCACUUGAAAUAUCGAGCCGCUUUCAUCCAACUUUGCGGUCAUGAUUACUUAAAGAUGGAUGAAAAAACACCUCAUCUAAAAACGCUCACGAACAGCGCUCGAAAACAAGUCCAUCUGAAAUAUAACUUACAGGAGGUGAUUAAGAUCCCUGCUGGCUCCGUUUAACUAAUUACGUUUGUUACAGUAUCUUGAAUUCCUUUAUUUUCCUAAAACCAGUUACUUUUACUAUGUAAACUUCCUUUCCUUCCCUUUUGUCUUUUCUUUAUCAAUAAACAGUCGCCUAAAGAAUUCACUGAAGUAAUCAUUUCUCAGAUGGGAACUGUAAUUUGACAUUUUUAAACGUAAAUUUGAGAACAGAAAAUAUCGACUAAAAGUAACACAAACCCUGCAAACAGACAUUGUAAAACAGUUUCCGACAGUGAUCUUUGAGAGAAUAAUACAAUAACAUUGCGAAAGAAAGAACCCUUUACCGUGAAAUUGUGUGCUGUGCACGUGCUAUUAGAACGUUUGAAUUCCUUUCCAAAUUUAGAAUAAGCAUUUCAGUAUCAUUGCACAUUACUGACUCAUUGCUGGUUGUGUCUCUGCAUGUUUGAAAUUUGUUAUGUUUAUCAACUUCAAUCAUGACAUAUAAAUGGCCUGGAAACGUGAAGAAAAAUUAUUUUUCUAUGUAGAAUGUUUCAAUUGCUUUUUAUGUUCGUGGGACAUCAUUGUUGAAAAACACAUUUACUCCGUACCGGUCUCAGUUUACUAAGAAAAGACAGUUUAGAUUAGAACUCGGUUUCGAAAAAAGAAGGGUCGGAAAAUAAAGCUUUCAUUGGAUGGUCUGGUCCGGAAAAACUGUACCGCGAAAACUUAAAAUCGUCUCAACAUGAUCAAGAGGAUGAUUGGCUACUAAUUAUAUACACUCUUUUUUUAAGAGUGUAGGUAAUAAGAAUAUCUAGGCUGAAAUUUGCGAAAUUUUAAGAAUUUUUUAAGAGUAAACCUGAGGCUGAGAUUUUGAAAGAAUAUAAUUUUGUGUGUUGAAAAUAUAAUUCUUCCUUUCUCUAAAAGGCAAAACAGACCAAAAACAGCACUACCGUAUGUUCGAUGCUAAUACCAUUUCUGCAAGAAGGUAUGUGCUUCAUAUCAGGCUUGACUGCCUGCAGGUUGGCUCCAAAAUUACUUUAACACCAUCCAGACACAAAAUACAUUCGAAAACAGAAACGCCAUACGCUAUUAAGUGAGAAUAUUCACAAGAAUAUUUUCAGCCUAAAAUCGGCAAAAAAAAAAGUAUUCUGCGUCAGCCGGAAAAACAAUAUCAGUCUUAUAAAAAGAGAGGGUAUAUAGAAACCUAUAAACUGGAGAAGGUCGACCCUUGAAUAGUCUAACUCAGUUUUAAAAUCGAUAUUUUCAUUUAAUGUGUAACUGCUGGUUGUUGCUAAAGCAGUGAGAUUGCACACUCGCGGUUUCUAUCAACUUUAAUAAUUGACCCAGGUCUGAAGUCACUCGCCAGUUAUCGGUCGAAAGAUAUGUAUGUCGCCAAUGGAAAGCUAAAAACGGAGCCAACCCUUUGCGUUUGUUUUUCGAAAUGGUCUGACGUUAAACGUUGCUUAUAGAUCAGGAAUCCUGGUGCGAAAUUGAAGAACACUCAUUCCUACUUUGGUCUUACCAAGAGAAUAUGAUCAUAAUCUCUUGGUCUUACUUUGUGCAUUGAUUAGUUUAGUUUAUUAUUAUUUUUGCCACAUUAUAGAUAUAUUUUCGACCUAUUAAUCCAUAAGGCCAAGAAGCCCAGGGAGGCCAAUAAGGCUUAUGUAAAGGACUACCUUUAGAGAUACCUGAUGCGUCAUCGGCAGGCCAAUUUAUCUAAAUUUGUGGAUGCAUGUAUAUUUUCUGACACACACAGGACACACAAAGUGAUCAUAAUUUAGGAUAAAAAA